CUUUUACUGUUUUCUGCUGGGACUGUGAGAUGAGUGAGUACACCAUAAAAAGAAAACAGAACAAAUAAUUGUAGAUAACAACUUUCCAGUAAUUUGGAGCCAAGUUGAAUAGAUUGUACGUUUAAUGAUAGUACUAGAUUUUUGUAUAUCUUAAUCAUAAGCCUUGGUUAUUCAAAUUAUAUCUGUUAAUCUGCCACUCAUUUUCAUUCCAUCUUGUUGGAAAGACAAUCAGAAAAAUGGGGACCACUUUAAUAGAAUUGUCUCCAAAUCGAUUGUUAUUAGAUUCUAAUUUUGAUGGCUAUAAAUUAUCGCUGCAAGAAAUACCUAUCAAGAAAAGAGAUUUAAGUAAACCUGUAGAUAGAAUACUUUUAAAUUCAAGUCAGUAUAGUUUGCUUCAUACGAAAUUAUAUGGACUACACAAUCAUUUAAUAGGAGACCACUUAGAUGAUGGUGAAUCAAUAUAUUUUGUGGAUAACGAGUGGAAUGUAUGUAAAACAUAUUUCGAUCCAUUCAGUGGCGAUCUAAUAGAUCCUGUGAUAGUAUGGCAGGUACCAAGAACGACUGAAAGAAAGACUGGAGAUUAUAAUGUUACGUUAAAAUUUGUAAAUAAGAGUCUCGCUGUUUUAGCAGAUGGAAUAAGUUCUAUGUAUAUCGUUAAUACAGGUGCUCGAAAUGACGAUGAUAUAUUCACUCUACUUUUUUCCGACAAAGUGAUAGGAUCCGAUGAAGGUUUUAUAAUUGUAGAUGCUGUAUCAAAAACGGCAUCGACUCAAAAAGAAGAAUUGCACGUUUUGUUACUUAACAUAAAACAGAUUAAUUUGGAAGAACGAUUUGCUACGUUCUUGUACUGGGUGUCUUUUGCAAAAGAAGAUAAUCACUGGCAACAAAUUGCUCUCAAACAAUUAAAAACAAAAAGUGACGUUCAGUAUGCCACAUUGGAAAAGGAUUGUAAUGCAGUCUAUGUUGUUAGUGAUAGCGGUUGUAAAUUCACUAUUAAUUCUGAUUGCCCAGUAGUAGCAGAUAAUAAUGUGCAAAAUGUUCCUAAGACCUAUCGGUGGUCACAAAAUAUUGAAGAAAUCACUAUAAAAUUUCCACUUCCUUCGGAAAAUAUAAACAAGGAUUUAGUUAAUGUUAUCACUAGACCAACAGAAAUUGAAAUAAAUUAUAACAAAAAUAAAUUGCUUAAUGGCCAGCUACAUCAACAAAUUGAUUCAGAAUUGACUACAUGGACUGUAGCAGAUAAUAAUUUAGAAGUCGUAUUAUAUAAAAAUGAAACGGGGCUGAUGUGGCCAGAGUUAGUCAGAGGUGACCAAUCAGGAGAAUACGUUUUAGAUAGUUGUAUCGUUCAAGAAGUAAAUGAACAAAUGGGACAUUUAUGUAGUGACACUGAGGCAAUGCCACAAUGUGGUACGACUUUCACAUCCCAGCAAGUAGAAGAGUGUGAUUUUGAAACGGACAAGGCCGUUACAUUUGAAAGGUUAAAUGGACUAACCAAUAAUAUUACACAUAAAAUAUAUCUAGGUUCCCAUCAAGUACUGUUAACGGCAAACUUAAAUACUGACUUACCUCUUGCCCUAGGUAUAAGGCAUGAUGUGGAUGUAUGCCUGUGGCAACCCCAAGGUUGUGGAGAUGAUUUUUCCAUUUCCCAUGAAGGAACACUACUCGCUUUCGGAUAUGUUCAAGCUUCUAAACAAAAUAGGAAGUUUUCUGUAUGCCCACCAGAUAUGAGUUAUUCGGUGAUAUGUGAAUCCUCCGGACACCUGUUUAUUUACAGACAAAAAAGGCCGAUAUCUACAAGUGAAUUGAGGAAUCGAACAACGGGAAGAAAAAUUAACACUAUCGCAGAGCAGCAAGUAAUAAACGUUUCGAAUGAGGAAGUCAUAGGAAUAUACCCCACAAAUAAAAUAUUAUAUUUAUUAUGCGAAUCUUCGGUGAAAGCAUUACAACUAUAAUUUUUAAAUUUUUUAUUAAGUACAUAAUAAAUAAUACAAUGUAAGUUAUUUCUACAUAUAAAUAUAAUUAUUG